ACUUACAAUCCCCCCUGUCAUUAUCAGAGUCCAGCGCUUCGGGCCGACUGAGCUUUUACCAGCAAAUACUCUUGAACCAGGAGCAGCAUCUCUAAAAAAGAAACAAAUCUGUCGGACUUUGUGGUUUGAUAUACUCACCUUUAGCAGACAUGCCCGGGUCAGUGUAUGAAACCUCCAAUCUGGAGCGAGGCGGCAACAACAGGAAGAAGAAGAUAGAGGAAUUCUCUAGGUCUUCUCGGGAGAAACUGGUUCAGUCGAAGAACAAGAUGUUCUCCAAAUUUACGUCCAUUCUGCAGCAUGCUGUUGAAGCGCUUGCCCCAUCGCUGCCCUUGCAAGAGGAUUUUGUCUACCACUGGAAGGGAAUUACGCAUUAUUACAUUGAGACUUCUGAUGACAAAGCCCCAGUCACAGACACCAACAUCCCGUCCCACCUGGAGCAAAUGCUGGACAUUCUGACCCAGGAGGAGGCUGAAAGGGAGUCUGGUGAGACUGGACCAUGCAUGGAGUACCUCCUGCACCAUAAGAUCCUGGAGACCCUCUAUACAUUAGGCAAAGCUGAUUGUCCUCCUGGCAUGAAGCAACAAGUCCUCACCUUUUACACCAAGCUGCUGGCUCACAUCCGUCAGCCUCUUCUGCCACACAUCAACGUCCACCGACCUGUACAGAAAUUGAUCCGGCUGUGUGGAGAGGUUCUGGCUGCACCUACAGAAAACGAGGAGAUCCAGUUUCUUUGCAUCGUCUGUGCCAAACUGAAGCAGGACCCAUACCUCGUCAACUUCUUCCUUGAGAACAAAUCAAAGAGAUCUGACAUUAAGAGUCCUGCUGCAACAGAAGCAGCCAACGCUGGUGUCCUGGCUCCAGACACUGGUCAGUCUCAGGCAGACCCCCCUGGAGAACCACAAGCUGCUGCAGCUGCUGCCUCCACCUCCAGCCCAACUACUAACAAUAAUAACACCAACAACUACAACUUGGUCACCUCACUCCUGAACCUCACAAAGAGUCCCGAUGGCAGGAUAGUGGUGAAAGCAUGUGAGGGCUUAAUGCUCCUCGUCAGUUUGCCAGAGCCGGCUGCUGCGAGGUGUUUAACGGAAAACACUGAACUCUGUGAGCUGCUCACCGAAAGGCUGGUCUCCUUUUAUAAAGCCCUGCCUCCGUCCAUCGAUCCCAUGGACAUCGAGACGGUGGAGUCAGUCAACUGGGGUCUAGAUGUAUACAACCUAAAGGAGGACGCUGCCAUCUUCACAGGGAAGAGAGCUUUGAUAUCAUUCCUGUCGUGGCUGGAUUACUGCGAUCAGCUCAUCAAGGAGGCUCAGAAGUCAGCAGCUGCAGUGAUGGCAAAAGCAGUGAGAGAAAGGUUCUUUGUGUCCGUGAUGGAACCACAGCUUAUGCAGACGUCUGAGGUGGGCAUCCUGACCUCCACAGCCCUGUUGAACAGGAUCAUAAGGCAGGUGACCUCGGACGCUUUGCUGCAGGAGAUUGUUUACUUUCUGCUGGGAGAGGACAAGGAAGCAGAAACUCUGGCAGCGAUGGCUCAGAAUCCACUCAGGCACAGACUCAUCGAGCACUGUGACCAUCUGUCAGAUGAGAUCAGCAUCAUGACGCUGCGGUUGUUUGAGCAGCUGAUCCAGAAGCCCAACCAGCACAUCCUUCACAGCUUGGUGCUGCGCAACCUGGAGGAGAGGAACUACCUGGAGAACAAACCGCAGGAGGAGCGGGAGCCCCUGGAGAACGGCCAGCCCCACGAUGCUGUAGAUCUUGAAGAGGAUCCGCUGUUCGGAGAUGAUCUCUCCCCAGACAGCAGGCUGUCUGGCUCCGACUGGUUUGGCUCCACCCCCCAACACAGUCCAGAUCACGCAAAGUCUGACGGGAAGACGGAGGUUCACAAGAUAGUCAACAGCUUCCUGUGUUUGGUGCCUGAUGAGGCCAAGUCAUCGUAUCAUGUUGAAGGCACCGGCUAUGACACCUACCUCAGAGAUGCACAUAGACAGUUCAGGGACUUUUGUGGCAUCUGCCAGCGGUGGGACUGGAGAGGAAACCCAAAGCCUCUGGAAAAGUGUAACUUGGACAUGCCGUUCUUCGAGGGUCACUUCCUUAAGGUUCUCUUUGACAGGAUGGGUCGCAUCCUUGAUCAACCUUACGAUGUAAACCUGCAGGUGACUGCUGUGCUCUCCAAGUUGUCUUUGUUGCCACACCCACACCUGCAUGAAUACUUGCUGGACCCUUACAUCAGUCUGGCCCCCGGCUGCAGGUCCUUAUUCUCCGUCAUAGUCCGGGUGGUUGGCGAUCUAAUGCUGAGGAUUCACCGCAUCCCAGAUUUCACACCCAAACUGCUGCUGGUGAGGAAGAGAUUAUUAGGCUUGGAGCCAGAGGGAGUCACGGUGGACCACAGUACGCUGCUGGAAGGGGUCAUCGUGUUGGAGGAGUUCUGCAAAGAGCUGGCAGCCAUCGCCUUUGUCAAAUACCACGCAGCAGCCUCGUCCACGCUGUGAUCCUCCCCCUGUUCCACCAUCUGCCGCAGUCAGGCGGAUGGGCCAGGACCAACCGGGGCCUUCCAGGGUGCCGGGGACAUUGCGUUGGCAGAACUUUACCACUAACUGGUUUCACCUGCAAGACUGUUAGGAUCCCACAUGGACGGGUCCCAUCAUUCCCCUUCCUCUGACCACUGAGAAGGUGGGAGCGCAGACGGCGCCCCGCUAGCAGAGGAGACAGAAGACAGGGAUGGUGAUCGAGGUGCAGAAGGCAGCGGACUCUUUUCCACCUCUGUGCAGUUUCUCACUGCCCUCCACCCCCCCACCUGUCUUCUACCUUGGAGUGAGCGUGGAAUUUUAAUAUGGAGGAGUAAAUGUGCGUGUUCGUUUCGUCACAUUGCCGCCUUGUUUGUAAAAGUCAUUGCCUUAAUGUGGAGUCAGACCUUUCAGUUACAGCAAAGUGUUGCUCUUUCAAACAUCUCAUGUUGUCAUUUUGAAGACAGCAAAGGUUCCUACGCAGUCUGGAAUCCAGUCAGAAACAUUUGUAUUUCCAGAUUCCCUCCUAGUUUCUUCUUUCUGUCCUUUAGUUCCUCAUGGACUGAAAAUCCUGGAAGAUCGAUUCCCCCUCCUCAUAAACAUAUCUGUAGUUACAUCCACAGUGAUGUACUCUACCCAUUUUAAAAGCCAAGUCAUCGUAUUUAUUCUUUAUUUGCUUGCAGGUUGCCUUUUUUUUAAUCGAACGUUUUGAUGACGAGUCGGUUUAACGACUGACUGCAGAGACACUGUUGACUUUAAUUUGUUUUGAUGUCUUUCCUCGGUUUGGCUUUAAUGCUCGUUCCUUUUACCGCCACCCAAAGAUGUGACCCUCCAUCGCAAUUUGCACACGGACCUCACUUCGCUGCACUGGUUACAACGUAAAGAUAAGGACAAGGCUCUCAUUAAGACCAAGUGUUCAUCGUUUUACUCAUCAGUGUUUAUAGUGAGGUUCCCAGUGUGGGGUUACAUAGAACAUGUACUCAGAAAUGACUGUUAUCAGUUUAAAUUAGGUUUAUUUAUUGUAAUUUUGACUUUAAUUCACAGGCUAAUAUAAAGAAACAGAAUGUUCAGCUGUUAAAAGUGGUUUUAGUUUUCUAGUCGUGAAGUUUAUACAUUUUUUUUGUCUUUUUACUAUAAAAACACAAUUUCUACCAGAUUUUGCAAAGUAAAGUUUGGAGAAACUUAUUUCUCCCGACUUUAUUGGCCUAAUAACUCAGAUCCCCCAAAUUUGGUCCGAGCUGCUAACACUUUGUAAAGAUUGCAGCCGCCUUGUUCAUCAACGUCAGCUGUUUCUCUGUUAACCAGGUCAAGUUUGGAGUUCAGCUGCACGUAAGAACCUGUAGAUGUUUGAUGUAGCGACAGAUGGAGGCGUGGGUGAGCGCAGGAAUUUUUAGACUUUGUAAACUGAUUGGGAAAAAAGAAGCAGAGGGUCGCUCAUACUUAUCUUAUAUGCAGAUUUAGUUUUUUUAAUGGUAGCUGAAAUGGACGUGUAAAUUUAAAGCCAAUUUUAUUUGAUCCGUUUUUUAUAUAUCUAUAUAUAAAACAGCGCUAAAAAAACGAUUAUAGAAAUCUGGAAAUAAUGAGAAAAUAAAUUCGAGUUUGGAAUGAAAAAAAUAGGAAUACUCAACUUAGACUGAGUGUUUAACAAGGAGUUUGUUAAAAGGUUAGUGCAAAAAAAAAUAAUAAUUUGCAUUACCUCAAUAUAAGCACUAGAGGGCGCUCCUUUAGUUUCUAAAAAGAUUUCUAAACAACGAAAUUGAUCUUUCCAUUCAUUUAAAGUGGAGCCAUCUCAUCUCAACCAGCUGACCAGCAGUGCACAGUAGAUUUAGAGAGCCUUUGCUCCCAGUAAUGGUUGCCUCACCAAAAAUGCAGAUGGUUCAAACAACUAAAAGGACUUCAAAGUAGAUUAACUUGAUUUGAAAAGUGUAAUAACCUAUUUCAGCAGGCUGAAAGGCAGUGUGCAGCAGUAAAAGAUGGCGCUCUAUAGCUGGUAAUGUUGACUGUAAAUAACAGCAGGCGAGGUCAAAGUAUAGAAGCCUGUCUUUUAGCCAGCUGACUGACAUUGCACAGAAGAAGGUGAGGAAAUGUUUUGGGAGAAUAAAAAAAAAAGGCCUGCUCUGAUAUCGUAACAAAAAAACUUGGAAUUGUGGAGAAAAAAAUGUAAACAACUUCAGUAAAAACAAUUUAAACCUCUGUGGGUCAUCAUGACUUCCUGUGAGGUGCUGCAGUAUUACUUGUUCAUCCUUAGCGGUGCUGUCAUUUGUUGGAAUGGGUUGUUUGUGUGGCCUUUAUGUUUGUAAUUUAUAAUCCCGUUUAAAGAAAUGCUCCUUAAUCUGCUUUUUGUUUUAAUUUGAUCCCAGAUGGGAGGAAAUUUGUUUGUUAUUGUGAUGCUGAGGAGAAUGAACAGUAUUAUUCACCGAAGCCAUGAGUAUCUCCUCUGUAGUCUUUAUUUUUGCUUCUUUCUCUAAAAUCAUCACUCUUGCACCUAAGCUACAUUAUGCAAACUGCUUGCAUGAAUUCAGAUUUUGCACAUUGCCGUAAUUCUAGUUUUUUUUUUUUACAUGAACCAAAACAGAUGGGUAGGGGAAAAAAGCUGGUGUGUCCCUGGUGUAACAUUUCUAUUUAAAUGUUGAACCUUUUCUUUUUAAUUGUUAAUCAUGCACAUUUUUUAUCAACUGUUUUCCUAUUUCUGGUGUACAUUUGUAUAUUGUAUGUGUACAAUAGCGUUAGAUAUACUACCUGGUGAAAAUGCAUGCUUGAAGCAAUUAUUUUUCAGCGUAUGGAGAGAGAAAAGGGACAGUCCAGCCAAGUUUGCUCUGAGCCGUCAGCACUUUGGUUUGGGAGGAAGCUGGUAGGAAAAGAAGAUGCCUUAUUAAACACUGUGGAUUAUUGUGACUCUGCUACAAGCGCAUCUUUAUAAAUAAAAUAUCUUAAAGUUGUAA